UACCUUCCAGGAGGACAGACGAGGAGCGUUCAUUACAUAUUGGUUCGAUGUUUAUCCAAGCUACAUUGUUUUACUUAUUAUCAUAUUUAUUAUGCUUUAAAAGUAAUCUGCAGUUUUUAUGCCAUUGCAAAAUAAAUUAAAGAAUAUGCACUGUUAAAAUUCAAAGGAUUUGCAGUCAAGGACCCAGGCGCCGAUGGGUGGAGAUUGUGACGGGUGCAGAUAGAGAGAUCAUAACAUUUGCCGAUUUCGAGGAAAUGGACGAUCUGCUGAUCUCUCACAGUCAAUGGGUCUGUGUGUGAUUUCAAGCCUAACCGCACCAUGGAUCAGAUGACACUGAUCUCUCCCACUAUAGGUUACUCACAAUCUGCAGAGGGUGGUAAUGUGCAAGUGUCCAAAAGCCAAAUAUCCAGUUCAGAGGCCAGAAAAAAGUCUGACUUUGAGUUACAUUUGGAAGCUCUGAAGGGCACACAGAAGCAGCAGCUUGAGAAUUUACAGUUUCAGAACCAGGAUGGCCUGGCCAAGAGGGUUGAGCAAAACUCCCUGCUCUCCGCAAGCACUGAGUGGAUACUGAAAACCAGUUUACUCCAGGACAGCAUCAGUAAUGGUCCAAACUGUGAGAAUCGCAAACAGCGCAGAGUGAUUCGUCAGAAUUUGACCUCCAAUGGAAUCAAGACUGCAACUACUGUAACCAAUUCUAUGAAAAUAGUGAGCGAGAGUCAAAGGAGGCCUCUUCCCAAAGAGACACAGAAGGCCAAAGAGGAGGCAGACCUGGUUGAGUGUGAAAAACAGUUCCGUGUUGCCCCAGUCACAGGGCUUGUCUCUACGUCUCUUUAUAAAGAUCUCAUCCAGGAUCAAGAGCGUUUGAGGCAAGAACGUCAUGAUCAGAGGAGAGAUUUCCUCUUGGCCAUGCAAAAGCCCUUCAGAUUCCAUAAGAGGGAGGACAAGAAGCAAGAGAGAAGGAAGGAGGAGAUGGCUUCUGCAAAUACAAGUAAAAAAAUAGAACUUGUCUGUGUGAGGAAGCCAAUACCAAAAGCUGUCUCAAACCCCAGGUUCUUGGAAAAAGUGAAAGAACAGGAGCAACAGAGGAAGAUUCGCAUUCAGCUGAGGGCUCAGGAGACUUUGAAAUCGUCCUCAGCACCCAUUCAAACACAGGAAUCUAGUGCAGAGAGCCAGAGCCGCAGUGCUCAGAAGACCAAAAGCAAGAUGCUUGGUUAUUUGGACCAGAUGCCAUCCUUCAGACCAAAGACUAACACAGCAGUUCCUGACUUUGACAAACUACACCAUGCCUUUCAACAAAAGGCUAUGGAGAAAGCAGAGAGGAAAGACGUCACUCACUGUAAACCAUUCCAGCUACACACAUCUACACUACUGCCACGCUCUAGGAGUCCAGAAAACCUAUUGGACACUACAAAGAAGAUGAAUUUAAAAAGAAGCUCUUCGUUUGGUGGAUUGACAUCACUGUCUAUGGAUACUCUUCCAACCUACAUAACAGAUGCUGCCAGAAGACGAUCAAUGGCCAUUAGAAGAUCUUUGGAGCUGAAGGAUCUUAAAGAGCAGGCUAAUGCAGAGUGGAUGAGACAACACCGAAUUAAGUCGCAAGCCAUAAGCAAGGCCGUGGCAAUGCGAGCCAAAGCUAUGGACCCCCAUAAAAGCUUAAAAGAGGUCUACCAGGAGAAACUCAAACAGCACCGGCAGGCUGAUCUAGAGAGAAUAAAAGAUUAUCAAAAAGAGCUAAAGGACAUAAAAACUCGAGUUACAGCUCGUCCAUACCUCUUUGAACAGGUUUCCCAGAAAAAUGCCAAGGUUAAUGCUGAACGCAGAUACAGAGACACUUUGGAACAAGCAGGUUUAAAUGAAACCUUUGUGCAGUCAAAAGGAGAAUCCGAUAAAUGCAUCCAUGGAUCGAACAGUGUGGAUGGUGACUCUGAGAAUGAGGAUCAUUGCAUCACAAACAGUAAAACCCAACAAAGUCUUAUUUUCAGUUCAGGAAGUGGAGACGACAGUGAUGAAAAUGAGGAGGACAAAGAGGAGACCAAAAAGGAAGACGUAUGCUGACAGAACAUGUGUUUUGGUGGUCCCUAUUUCAUCCACACAGAGACUUUUGUUUUUAUCAUUUCAGUGUAUAAUACAUUAUGUGUUGUGUGUGUUUUUUUUACUUGAUUAAUGGUGCUUGGAAAGGCACUUUUUAGUCUUUUUUUAAAGGGGAUUACAACAAAAAUAUAUAGUCUUAAUAAUGUAAUUUUAACUAAUUGUACUGGUG